AUGGAGGCAAGCGACGUCAAAUUCACAUCCGGAGGUUCGCGUGAUGACACCUAUGAUAUCGCAAUCUAUGAGUCCGUUUUAGACCGUCUGCGAGAUGCCGUGCUACACACAUUAGUUCUUACUCCCUCGGCCAUUGAAGAAGCAGACAAAGAAGCCACUCUAUCUCGUAUCGAGCAGUUCGUCUUAGUGCACAAUGAUGCUUCAAGAUACCGCUAUGUGGCCAUUGUUUUCUUGAACUCAGACACAGCAUUCCAGAAAGCAAGCCGAUGCUGCACCAUCGAUGCAUUUGUGGCUUUUCAAGCUCUUCUCUUCGACUCCUCUUCGAUUAUAGAUAUACCUAUCCUUAUGCUAGCCGAACCCGAGGAGCUGGUACCAUCCCUCAAACGGCACUACUAUGCCAUUCAGCGAAUUAUCAACCAGCCUGCCGGCAUCAAUCCCAUAUCAUUGUCGUCACAAGCACCAUCGGACUCUCCACUGCAUCUUCUUGAGCAGAUUGUAGUCCAGGGCUCCGAUCCACUCUCCUGUCAACAGAAUGUCAACAUCCUGAGUGACUUCUUCCCAUCUUUACGUGCUCUGAGUGCGGCAUCAAGGACAGCAGAGAUGCGCCGGCUCAUUUCAGAGUACCUUGGUGAGCAAUUUGCGAAAUACGUAGAGUCAUUCUGGAAUGAGGAGAGACUUUACGGCUAA